AUGGUUACUACAACAGAUGCGAAUCCAUUUGGUCAGGGAAUCCCUUUUCGUCAAGGGAAACCAAUACAGCUGGUGUCGAUAGUAAAUGGAAAGUUUGUGGUGAAUCUUGAAGCGGCUAAUGGGUUGUUGGAAAAGUUUCAACAACUACACCAAAGUGGGAGUAUUAAAGUUGUUUCUGUUGUUGGCAAUAAGCAUACUGGAAAAUCGCACCUUGCAAACCUUUUACAUGGUCGUCACGACGGUUUCGCAUUAGGCAAUUACUUAGACGUAACUACCACACGAGGAAUUCAAAUCUGGGAUACGCCAUUCAAUAAUAACGAUGGCGAUAACAAAGACACCGGAAACACAGUAUUAGUCCUCGAUUACGAAGGAUUCGAUGAUUUUCAACGAGACGAGAAAACACAACAGAAACUUUUUUUGUUGGCAUUAUUAAUAUCUGAUACACUUGUUUACACUAUUGAUAAGUCACCCAAUACGCAGAACAUGAAGCGUCUUUUUGCGGCUAAUAAUUUGAUCGAGUUAUUAAGAAAGAAGAGUUUUGCGAUAGAGGAUGAGAAUGAAGAUGUUAAGGAGGAGGAAUUGCGCGAGAGUUUUAAUGAUGAGAAUGAUGAGAAGGAAGAGGUUAAGGAGGAGGAAUUGCGCGAGAGUUUUGAUGAUGAGAAUGAUGAGAAGGAAGAGGUUAAAGAGGAUGAAUUUCGCGAGAGUUUUGAUGUCGCGUCGAAUUUAUUUGUCGUGAUCAAAGAUUUUAUGUUUGAUUUGUCGUCGAGUUCUUUUGAUUUAACGGACUUCUUUAUGGAGAAAAUGGAUUUUGUGGAUCCUGAUGAUUCAGCUGCUUUCGAAGAUAAUUUCCCCGUAAUUAACGUUCACGGAAUUCCACCACCUGGACUUGGACUCAAAGACCUCAGAAAAAUGAACACUAUACCAACAGACCGCUUUGACAAAUCAUACGUCAAAGAACUCGCCAUCACCAUCACCGAAAUUUUGUCGUCGCUCAAAUCGGAAAAUGACAAUAGCAUGAAUAGUGGUGACGCGUUCGUAAAAAGACUAAACAAAGUUUUGGAUUUUGUUAAUGAUGAUUCGAGAAAUAUCAAGUAUUUUAGUGCGACGACCAUGAAAGUAAAGAACGAUUUGAUGCAUGGUGUUGAAACUGUGUGGCGCGAAAUUGUUGAACCUGGGUUACAGAAGGAGACGCCGUUUGGAAAUGAAUCUAUACUAAGACGAAAAUUGAAUGAAUUCUCUCGCCAAAUAUUUGCUCAGUACAACCAUAUCGACGAAUCACCACAAAGACUCAAAAGCCUUAUCGAAGAAAAAGAAAAAUUAGCAGUCAAAAAGUGGAAAUCGUUGGUUCCCACAAAUAUUGCGGCAAUUGUGGACUUUAAAGUGAACUCUUCUGAUUUCCGAGGCUUGCCGUGGCCAGAACCCAAUUGGAAAUGGGACAAAACAGAUUUGAAUGCUGGUCAUGGCGGUAAAUUUAUUCAUAUUGGAUAUAAAUUGACCGAUGUUAAGAUUGAUAAUUUGGAGUUUUAUUCGCCCCCAGAAACGAAUCGAGGAUUUUUGUGGAAUUCUGCCGGCAGAUACUGGACUCACACCGACUGUGUGACUGCACUCUCUUAUAUUGCCUACGAUGAACCACGCACCACUAAACCACCCAACUGGGACUUUUGGUACCCGCAGGACCUAUCUGAAGGCGCCGGUGGAAAAUACAUAUACUUAGUGUGGAACGCGUGUGGUGAUAAACCUCCCGUUACUGAAAUUUAUUUCGAAUUCACUGAUGAUAAUGCACCACCAGAGAAAGAAGGAUGGGUGUUUGUUGAACAGGACUUGUGUGCUGGUUCAAAGGGACAGUAUCUUUGGGGAUUCUAUCAUCCGGAUCUUACACCUUCUCCAACGCCAUCACCUCCAGAAGAAUAA